CUUAUCUCCUUCCUGAGACCCUCAUGUUUAGUGUUCCCUCAUUCCUCUUACACCUAGGAUUUCUCCUCCUUCCAUAAGGGUCUGGUCCUUCAUCCCUCCCGCUUCACCAGACCCCCUCACCCUGGGAGCCGCCACCUCCCUUUCCCCAAGACCAGAGGUCGCGCGGCCGGACACAGCCACCACGGAGAGUCGGUGCCAGCGUCUGAGCUGCGCAGUGGGGUCUUCCCGCUGCCCAGCAGCCUACAGGCGCGGUGCACUCUGGGGGAACAUGGCCGCUUCCGGUCUCCCUCCCGGGCCGGCGCUGGCCUGACUGCGGCCCCGGUCCGUAGCACUCCGCCCGCCGCUUCUCCCGCCCUGUAGCCGCGAAGACUGCUUCAGUCUUUCCCUCUGCUGCCCCUGCCGCGCAAUGGAGAAGAGCUCGAGCUGCGAGAGUCUUGGCUCCCAGCCGGCGGCGGCUCGGCCGCCCAGCGUGGACUCCUUGUCCAGUGCCUCCACUUCUCAUUCAGAGAAUUCAGUGCAUACAAAAUCAGCUUCUGUUGUAUCAUCAGAUUCCAUUUCAACUUCUGCCGACAACUUUUCUCCUGAUUUGAGGGUCCUGAGGGAGUCUAACAAGUUAGCAGAAAUGGAAGAACCACCCUUGCUUCCAGGAGAAAAUAUUAAAGACAUGGCCAAAGAUGUAACUUAUAUAUGUCCAUUCACUGGUGCUGUACGAGGAACUCUGACUGUCACGAAUUAUAGGUUAUAUUUCAAAAGCAUGGAACGGGAUCCCCCAUUUGUUUUAGAUGCUUCCCUUGGCGUGAUAAAUAGAGUAGAAAAAAUUGGUGGUGCUUCUAGUCGAGGUGAAAAUUCUUAUGGACUAGAAACUGUGUGUAAGGAUAUUAGGAAUUUACGAUUUGCUCAUAAACCUGAGGGGCGGACAAGAAGAUCCAUAUUUGAGAAUCUAAUGAAAUAUGCAUUUCCUGUCUCUAAUAACCUGCCUCUUUUUGCUUUUGAAUACAAAGAAGUAUUCCCUGAAAAUGGGUGGAAGCUAUAUGACCCUCUUUUAGAGUAUAGAAGGCAGGGAAUUCCAAAUGAAAGCUGGAGAAUAACAAAGAUAAAUGAACGAUAUGAACUUUGUGAUACAUACCCUGCCCUCCUGGUUGUGCCAGCAAAUAUUCCUGAUGAAGAAUUAAAGAGAGUGGCAUCCUUCAGAUCAAGAGGCCGUAUCCCAGUUUUAUCAUGGAUUCAUCCUGAAAGUCAAGCCACAAUCACUCGGUGUAGCCAGCCCAUGGUUGGAGUGAGUGGAAAGCGAAGCAAAGAAGAUGAAAAAUACCUUCAAGCUAUCAUGGAUUCCAAUGCCCAGUCUCACAAAAUCUUUAUAUUUGAUGCCCGGCCAAGUGUUAAUGCUGUUGCCAACAAGGCAAAGGGUGGAGGUUAUGAAAGUGAAGAUGCCUAUCAAAAUGCUGAACUAGUUUUCCUGGAUAUCCACAAUAUUCAUGUUAUGAGAGAAUCAUUACGAAAACUUAAGGAGAUUGUGUACCCCAACAUUGAGGAAACUCACUGGUUGUCUAACUUGGAAUCUACUCAUUGGCUAGAACAUAUUAAGCUUAUUCUUGCAGGGGCUCUUAGGAUUGCUGACAAGGUAGAGUCAGGGAAGACGUCUGUGGUAGUGCAUUGCAGUGAUGGUUGGGAUCGCACAGCUCAGCUCACUUCCCUUGCCAUGCUCAUGUUGGAUGGAUACUAUCGAACCAUCCGAGGAUUUGAAGUCCUUGUGGAGAAAGAAUGGCUAAGUUUUGGACAUCGAUUUCAACUAAGAGUUGGCCAUGGAGAUAAGAACCAUGCAGAUGCAGACAGAUCGCCUGUUUUUCUUCAAUUUAUUGACUGUGUCUGGCAGAUGACAAGACAGUUUCCUACCGCAUUUGAAUUCAAUGAGUAUUUUCUCAUUACCAUUUUGGACCACCUAUACAGCUGCUUAUUCGGAACAUUCCUCUGUAAUAGUGAACAACAGAGAGGAAAAGAGAAUCUUCCUAAAAGGACUGUGUCACUGUGGUCUUACAUAAACAGCCAGCUGGAAGACUUCACUAAUCCUCUCUAUGGGAGCUAUUCCAAUCAUGUCCUUUAUCCAGUAGCCAGCAUGCGCCACCUAGAGCUCUGGGUGGGAUAUUACAUAAGGUGGAAUCCACGGAUGAAACCACAGGAACCUAUUCACAACAGAUACAAAGAACUUCUUGCUAAACGAGCAGAGCUUCAGAAAAAAGUAGAGGAACUACAGAGAGAGAUUUCUAACCGAUCAACCUCAUCCUCAGAGAGAGCCAGCUCUCCUGCACAGUGUGUCACUCCUGUCCAAACUGUUGUAUAAAGGACUGUAAGAUCAGGGGCAUCAUUGUUAUACACUCUUGAUUACACUGGCAGCUCUAUGAGUAGAAAGUCUUCGGAAUUUAGAACCCAUCUAUGAGAGAAAGUUCAGUCACUUUAUUUAUUUUAAAUCUCUCUAGGAUGAGUUUAGAACUGUAGCAGUGCAGGUGGCUUAAGUGAAGUAACUCCAUAUGUAAUUACAUGAUUAUGAUACUAAUCUUUUAAGUAUCCAAAGAAUAUUAAUCCUGGAUUCACAGUGGGAACAAGUUUCUAUUAAAAGGCAAAUGCUGUUACAAAUUUUUGGCAUCUGGUAAUAUUAAAACCAUUUUAGAAAUACACUCUGUGCUCACUGUGCAGACUCACUGUGCAGAGGAACAUCAGUUUUCAGAGGAACAUCAGUUUUCAAACCAACACUGAAAUUCUGUGGCAUCACAUACAUUGGGCCUUGAUGUCAUGACAGAUCAAAAUCAUUUGAUAUCCUUUCUCCAUUCUAGGUUUUUCUUUUUUGCAGUAACUGAUUUACCUUGAUCACUUUUCAACUUCCAUAUUCUUCAUAUAGUAAAAGGCAAAGUGUUGAAGAUACUAUGGUGUGGUAGUAGUUGAAAAUUAUUGCCGUCAUUAUUUACAUACUUAAGACAUAUUAGCAAGUUGAUCCAAAAUGGGAGACCUUAUAGAUGUGCUUGGGGGAAAAUGAAGGGGAGAAAGUAGCCAUACAGGAGUUCAAAGAAUUCCAUGCCCUUCAGAUUAGCCCAAUUACCAGAAACAUCAUGAAAGAUAUUUUAAAAACUAAUUAUUUACUACAGUGUAUUUCACUUGUCUUGUGUGUCUGAACACACAGAAGCUAAUUAGCAAGUUUUUAAGAAGUAUUCAAAAAUCUUACUAGGAUUGACAUUUUUUCUGAAGUCUGUAUAAAUAGCUUAUAGUGAGAAGUACUGUGCUCAAAUUUUACAUUUUUUUCCUUUGCAAAUUCUGUAAUUUCACUCAACGAUUAAGUGUACCAAAGAACACACUGCAUGUAAAAGAUGUAUUACAAUCUCAAAGCCAGUAAAAGAAAUCUUGCUUCACUGUUCACCUGCUACAAGUAAGAGUUUGGUGCUGGUAGAAACAUUUGACUCUGAUGUCUAUUUUAUUCUACAUAAGAGCCAUAUGUAAUGUACUGUAACAAAGGAGCUUCUUGUCCCCUUGGUCUUUUAAUUAAAAGAAAUUCCAACUGA